CCUAUUUUUAUCUUCAUGAAUAAAUAUCCACCACAAUUGAUGAGACGUUUUGAGAUUUAUUUUAAAGCUCCAUCAAAACAUAGACCAAUCUCUGUACGUUCUGUUAAAGCUCAAAGUAUUGGUAAACUUGUAACCGUUAAAGGAAUUGUUGUUCGUACAACCGAUGUCAAACCAAUGAUAACCGUUGGUGGUGUUAACACAAGUCCAUAUGGAAUGAAAAUUCGUGGUGCCAUCAAUAUCUGUCUAAUGGGAGAUCCCGGAGUUGCUAAAUCUCAAUUACUCGCUUUCAUUGAUAGAUUAGCGCCGAGAAGUCAAUACACUACGGGUCGUGGAUCAUCAGGUGUUGGUCUUACUGCUGCUGUUAUGAAAGAUCAGGUUACCGGUGAAAUGAUUCUCGAAGGAGGUGCUCUUGUUAUCGCUGAUCAAGGUAUUUGCUGUAUUGACGAGUUUGACAAAAUGAUGGAUGCCGAUAGAACCGCGAUCCAUGAAGUUAUGGAACAGCAAACCAUUUCUAUUGCCAAGGCUGGUAUUUUGACCACUCUCAAUGCACGUGUUUCAAUUCUGGCUGCUGCCAAUCCUGUCUUUGGGCGUUAUAACCCGAAGAAAUCAGUCGCUCAAAAUAUUCAACUUCCAGCGGCCUUAUUAUCACGAUUUGAUCUUCUUUGGUUAAUCCAAGAUAAACCUAAUGCAGAAAAUGAUCUUCGCCUUGCUAAAUUCAUCACUUAUGAAAUUUUAACUAAUGGUAAUCAUUAUGUUCAAUUGAGAAAUAAUUUAGCAAAUUAA